UCACCUUCCUUGAGCACAAGCCACACAGCCACUCUCCAACUACCACUGGUUAGCUAGCUAGCUGAUCAUCACACAUAUAUAGAACUUAACUAACAAGAGAGCUAGCCAGUAUAUGGGAAGGAGGUCGUCCUUCUUCUGCGCCAUAUUCAGCUUCUCGCGGAGGUCGAGGCGGUACGCCUACGUCGACGACGAGGACAGCGACUGGGAGCAGCCGCCGGCGCCGGGGCUGCGCAAGGUCAGGUCCAGCGACGAGGACUCCGGGUGGUGGGUCGGCGAGCGCGACGUCGACCAGAAGGCCGCCGACUUCAUCGCCGGCUUCCGCCAGAGGAGCCUCGUCGCCUGAACCCAUCCGCCCAGCUGCCGCUGCCGCCUAUACAUGUACGUACGUGCCCAGCUAGGGCGUACGUCCAGGUUAUUACUACGUAUAGGGAAUAAGAUCGAUCUGCCGGGAGCUGGCGCGUACGUACGUGCCUGGCUAGCUUCCCGAUGAGCUAGUAUUUAUGUAGACAUAUCAAGCGUGUUGAUGUGAUCAUAUGUUAUGUAUCUUCGGUGUGCAGCUCGUGUGCGUGAGUACUAUCUACGUUCGUAAAGUGUUCUGUCGAAUAAUGCAACGCAGGAGAUGAUAAGGGGUUU